ACAGCCAUAAUGCUUGGCCGGUGCUUAUUAUUACUGGCCCUAACCGCCAUCGCCGCGUCUGCCCCCGCGGAGCCGGGCUGGCGCUGCACCGGCGGCCUCGGCUCGCCCACUGUCUGCAUCGGCCCGGCCGGCGCGCCACGCUACACCCCACCAGCCAUCCAGAUCUUGCCGCCUUUACCCCCGUGCUCUGGGCCGGCGGUCGUGCUUACCCCGCCUGCCAGUCCUUGUCCGCAGCCGUGCCCGCAACCGUGCCCGCAGCCGUGCCCGCAGCCGUGCCCCUUGCCGUACCCAUCGCCAUGCCAGCAACCGUUUCCAUCGCCUUGUCAAUAUUAUAAUUAAACGACGAUUA